AAAAAAUGUUAUAUAAACAAAUUCUCACUUUUCAGUGGUUUCCCUGAUUCCAGUGGCCCUACCUCCCUCUGCCACUGUUUUCCCCCACCUCGACCUUAUCACUAUUGUCACCGCUGCCAUUUCAACAUUUCUAGCAAUUUCACAUGUAAAAGAAAUGUUCUAUGAUGAAAGCGAAACAAAGCAAUAAGUUGAGCGACUAAUGGUUAUUUUUAACUGUAGUUUCUAUUUUCUCGCCUUUUAUUGUAUCCAUUCUUGUGCAAUAUCCCUAUUUUCUACCUACUUUACAGGUGACAAUGCAACUAUUGAUGGCCAGGGUUCAGUUUGGUGGGAUAAAUUCAGUUCUCAUUCCCUAAAUUACAGUCGGCCACAUGUAGUAGAAUUCAUAGACUCAAACAAUAUUGUUAUAUCAAACUUAACGUUCUUAAACCCUCCUGCUUGGAACAUUCACCCAGCUUACUGCAGUAAAGUGCUAAUUCAGAACAUAACAGUCCAUGCUCCUUCUGACUCUCCAUACACCAGUGGGAUAGUCCCAGACUCCUCCGAGCAUCUUUGUAUUGAAAACAGCAACAUUAGUUUGGGUUAUGAUUCUGUUGUGCUAAAAAGUGGCUGGGAUGAAUACGGCAUUGCAUACGGCAAACCAACCACUAAUGUCCAUAUUCGAGGUCUACACUUGCAGUCUUAUUCUGGCUCUGCCAUGGCUUUUGGUAGCGAGAUGUCCGGUGGAAUUUCCAGUAUACUGGUUGAGAACCUUCAUGUGCUUGACUCAUUGAUUGGAAUCGAGCUGAAAACUGUAAGAGGAAGAGGAGGCUACAUUAAAGGAAUCUACGUAUUGGAUGUGUUCAUGGAAACUGUACAACAAGGAAUUAAGGUCACAGGUCAGUGGGGGUCACAUCCGGAUGACAAGUUUGAUCCCUCUGAGUUGCCUGUGGUCGGUGAAAUUACCUUUACAAACAUAACUGGCAUAAACAUUACUACAGCUGGGUAUUUUUCUGGUAUUGAGGAGUCUCCCUUCACUUCUAUAUGUCUAUCCAAUAUUUCUUUCUCAGUUACCUCUGACCCAUCAACAUCAUGGGUUUGCUCUGAUGUGUCGGGUUCAUCCAAAAACGUCUCACCUGAACCAUGUCCAGAAUUUCAGAGCUCAGUUUCUACUUCUUCUUCUCAUUGUUCCUUCCUUUCAUAUCCAAACAGACUAAACAGUCAAGUCGCAUAUUCUUGAUUCAGAGUGCCCUGAAGCUCAAAUACUCGUUCGUUGAUCUGUACAAUGCGAUACAACAUUUCCUCGACCAGUUAUGGUGGAUAAUCUUUCAAUAAUUUGUGAAUUGGAAUCUUCGUUCUCGUGCCUUUUCAAGCUUUCAUCAACAAACCUCUAGCAUGCUGCAAAUUCUUCCAAGUGGUGUCCGCUUAUAUUCCCCUUGUGUACAGUGUCGUUUUCCUUCAUUUGUGUGUAAGAAAAGUUUUGGUAGUGCAGAACACUCGGAUACUUCUUUCUUUCAGCAUUAUUCAUUUCAUUAACAUUGUAAAUUCGGGUGGGGGCUGACACGGUGUCAUGAUUGAAGAUUUAUAUAUAUAUAUAAAGUUGGAAAUUGCAAUAAAAGUUCCUUCGCAUUUUU